UCCGCCAUUUUAUACGCGUGCACGCUUCAAUGUUAAAAAAAAAAAAAAAAAAGCUAUCAAUUCAAAUUCGAAAACAUAUGAUCCACCAAUGACCAGAAAAAAAUGAUUGGCCAAAAAUUGACAAAUUUUUCUCCUUUCCCGAAUGUUGUUUCUUCAUCGAUGAAUAAUAAUAAGAUUCAAAAUUUUUACGAAGAAUUUCAUAUUGAUUUGAAACAAGCAACAGAAAAAACGAUAAAUUCUGUACAAUUUUGUCCAUUCGAUGGUGCAACAGAUAUAUUGGCAUGUUGUGUACGUGAACGGAUUUUUAUUUAUCGAAUUUCAUUGAUCCAAACCAUUAGUGGUAAUGAUGAUAAAUCAGGCGAUGGAACUGAAUUUGAUUAUCAAUUCAUUUACAACUAUAUUUGUGGUUCGAAAUGUUCAUCUCUGGUUUUUGGACCUAAAACCGAUUUCUCACAACAAGCUCAACAUGGUUUUUUAAGUUUAGCAAUAGCAACUGAAGAUUUUGGCAUUUUACUAUUAAAUCAAACCAUUCAAUAUGAUGAUGAUAGCCAGAAUAAUGAUGCUGAACAACAAUUUUUCGCUGGUCACAUUAAUCACAUCAAUGAUAUGGCAUUUGAACCAAUUUCUGGUGAACAAUUAGCAUCAACUGGUGAUGAUUGUCUGUGUAUAAUUCGUUCAUUACGUAAUGAACAAUCAAUGGAUGGUAAAAAUGUUGCUGCUAAAAUAAUGCUUUCAUCGCCUGGUGUUAGUGUUAAAUGGCAUCGAACUGAACCGAAUAAACUAUUAGUUGCUGAAAAGAAAGGAAUGAUUCGUUUUUAUGAUACAAUAACACAUGUUGCUGUCAUGUCAUUUGAUUGUAAUUGUUAUCCAUUGACAUCAAGUGAUUGGUGUUCGGAGAAUAAUCUAUUCAUUGGCUGUGCAUCGGAUCGUAAUUUGUUUUUCUGGGACACAUCAUUAACAAGUUUACCGAUUAAAAUAUUGAAAACCGAUUUCGAAGGAUUAUCAGAAUUUUCAUUCUACGAUAGUAAAUUGAUUGCAUACCGGGCACGACCAUAUAGUUUUUUAACUGUAAAAAAUUUUAUUACAAAUCAAACAUUUAUCGAACGAAAUUUGAUCGCUGGUCGUGGUAUUAGCUGGAAUCGUUCGAUGCCAUUAUUAGCCGUUGGUGGACCUAAAUACGUUCAUCUUUUUAAAUUUAAUGUUUUUUAAUAAAACGAACAAUUUACCAUU